AUGGGUACCCUCGAUGGCCUCGCCGCCCACCUCCUCGCCGCCCUAGAUGACCUGUCCCCGCUCUACAUAGCCUCAACCACACUCAUCGCCCUCGCCUUGACGACUUAUCUCUGGCUGUUCAACAUUGCGUAUGCGCUCCCACCCGGCCUAUCAAUCCACACACUGCACUCUCUAUUCCUCAGCUACAGGGUCGGUAACAGACAAGCAUCGGUGCAGCCAACAAGUGUAUUUGGUUCUGCCGACAAGGACGGGGAGUGA